AUGGAUGCUGUUGCCAUGACAGUGGAAUGGGCAAGACCCGACCUGGAGCCCAGGUUUGUCCAUGUGUGGCGUGACGGUGUGGACCUUCUGAGUCACCAGAACCCGUCCUACAAGGGAAGAACGUCGCUGUUCAUCAACAAGAUGAAGCACGGAGAUGUUUCACUGACACUCUCUAACGUGAAACUCUCUGAUGAAGGAAGAUACAGAUGCUACAUUCCUUCACUGGAUAGAGAAACUACUGUUUCACUUGUUAUCGACAGCAACAGCUACACCUGCAGGGUUCAGCAGAGCAAAAUACAGAAAACCAAGGAGACACAGAUUCAUGUUCCAGAUGAUUACUUCCCGUCUUCUUCUGCUGUUCCUGUCGCCAUCGGCUUGUCUGUUGUCUUCCUGUGUGUUGUUGCUGUCGUCAUUUUUGUUGUGUGGAAAUGGAGACGUAACAAAACAAAGAGAAAGAGGGAGGAGAACAAAACCAACUAUGGGGUUAGCUACUUUGAACUUCAGUUGCUGAUGAAGGAUCUGGAUGAGAAAAAGGCCAAACUUGAGGAAGAGCUGCAAAAGAAAGAGGAGGAAAGGAAACACUGGGAACAACUGUGUGAUAAACUGAUGACACAGAAGACUGAACUGGAGAACAACAGAAAGGAAAGUAAAUUAAAACUGGAGGAGUUUGAGAGACUGAGGGAUGAGAAUGAGAAGAAACUUCAGUCAGUGAGAAGAAAAACACAUGAGAAGGAGGGAGACAAGACAGACCUCGAAAAACAAAAAGACACAGCAAAGAAAGAGAAAGAUGAAGACCUAAGUUCUCUAUUACAGGACAAAAACAAUCUGAAGUGGAGAACUGACUAUUUUGAGAAACAACUACAAAUAGAAGAGAAAAAACUGGAAUACAAAGAGAGUGAACUUACUGCAGCAACAAAAAGGAAGAAACUGGCAGAGAGCCAGAUGGAGCAGAUCAGAGUGGAGCUGAAGGAGCUGAAGGAGGUAGAGAAACAGAGGGAUAACAGAGAGAGGAAGACUCAGGCAGAGGAACAGCAGAAAGGAAAAGCUCUGGAAAGUCAGGAGGAGAAAUCCCACAUGGAUUUGAAGGAGAGAGAAACAGAGAAUCAGGAAGAGCUGCAGGAGAAAGAUCAGCUGACUGAGGGAAGAGCUGAAGCUGAAGAAAGACUGGAGAGAGAGGAGGGAGAGAGGAAGAAGGAGGAGAAGAGAGACUCAAAGAAGGGGAAAUUCAGAGAAGAUAAAGUGUCAUCAGUCAUUGGGAGUCAUUUUACACGAUGGUAAUUUUCCCGGUUCCUCAUCAGAGAGUUCACUGACAGUAAAGCAGGUAAAUGAAGUGCAGCUCCCUGCUGUGAUCCUGUUGAACAGCUGCUCUCCACUUCCUUUCUCCAGCGGCUCCAAGCAGCGCUGGAACAGUCUGAGUCCCUCUGAGCUCUGAGCAGCUUCUUCAUCUCUGCUCACAUCCAGCAGACAUUUGAAGCCAUCAGACAGAGAAAAGGAGCUGAGCACAUCAGCUUUGGAUUUCAUGUCACAGCUGCCAGUGUUGAUGUUUCCCACUUCCACACUGGGAUUUGUAAAAGUGGAGACGAGGAGGAAGACUGGAAACUGAUCCAUGUUGACUUCAGAAUCUAAGAGACUUGACCACCACCGUCUCUCUGUCUCAGGUUGUUGAUUCAAAAUGCAGGAAAAUGACUCAACAUGAGAACAUACAGUUUUUAUAACAGUAUUUACUACCUUGUUUCUAGUUUUAUUACAAGAUAUUAUAUUUUAUUACUAUUAUUUUUUGUAUCAUAUCUUAUUGUGUUGUUUAUUAUUAUAUUUUAAUGUUUUUAAUGAUUAAAUUUUGUCUUAUUCCUUAGUGAGAAUUUAUAUAACUCUCUCCCUCAGUUUGUCACACCUGUACAAUGUGACAUCAGGUGUGUGUGCAGCUAAAACUGACUUUUGUAAGCUUGAACAGAGUAAAUAGAAGUAUAAAUAUUCAUCAUGAUGUUUGAUCUGAAAUCUUUCUUUUCAGACAUUAAGUAAAAGUUAAUAACUGUG